GCGAGGAAGCUGGCUUUAAGGAAUCCGGGAGAGGGAAGACAGAGGUGUUAUUGUACACGCGUAACCUAUCUAGUGGCUCAGUGUCAGUACCGUGUCUCCGACAACUACCCUUCAACGCCUCAAUUUUGAUCGACUACCACCUUAUUCAAUUCCAUUCUACUUUUCAUUCUGAUGCUUCUCUGUUUUCACCACACUUCGCCGUUCCAAUUUUCAAAUUAUACUGGGGCUCCAAGAGAGAGACACCAUGGUUUCUUCUAAUGGAUUAGCUACUAAGCAGCCUCUUUUUUCUUUUGGAUUGAUUUCUGAUGUCCAAUAUGCUGACAUUCCUGAUGGUCAUUCAUUCCUUGGUGUUCCACGGUAUUAUAGGCAUAGUAUUCUUGUGUUGCAGAGAGCAAUAAAAGAAUGGAAUACUCAUCAGAAGCAUAAGUUUGUGAUUAAUUUUGGAGAUAUUGUUGAUGGAUAUUGUCCCAAAGAUCAAUCUCUUGAUACUGUGAAGAAAGUAGUGGAUGAAUUUGAGAAGUUCAGGGGACCCGUGUAUCAUAUGAUUGGAAAUCAUUGCCUGUACAAUCUUCCUCGCAGCAAGUUACUUCCGUUAUUGAAGAUCCAAACUCUUGAUGAUCAUGCUUACUAUGAUUUCUCACCAGUGCCUGAAUAUAGAUUUGUAGUUCUGGAUGGCUAUGACAUCAGUGCCAUAGGUUGGCCUCAAGAUCAUCCAAAAACAAUCGGGGCCUUGAAAUGCCUACGUGAGAAGAAUCCAAAUGAAGAUAAGAACAGUCCAACAAAUUUGGUGGGGGUUGAAAGAAGGUUUCUCAUGUUUAAUGGUGCUGUUGGAAAGGAACAGAUGGACUGGUUGGAUGGUGUUCUGCAGGAGGCAACAACAUUGAAACAGAAGGUUGUUGUCUGUUGCCAUAUGCCUCUAGAUCCCGGUGCAGCUUCCAAGGGGUCACUGUUGUGGAAUUAUGAUGAAGUGAUGAAUUUGAUACACCGAUACAAUUGCGUUAAGGUUUGUCUUGCUGGACAUAAUCACACAGGCGGAUACUGCAUUGAUUCUCAUGGGAUACACCAUAGAGUUCUUGAAGCUGCUCUGGAAUGUCCUCCUGGUACGGAUGCAUUUGGAAGCAUUGAUGUCUACGAUGACAGAAUAUGGCUUGUUGGAACUGACCGAAUGAAAAGUACAGACAUGUAUUUUAAUCCCGAAGUUAAUUUUUAGACAGGAUGGGUUGAUGUUUGGAAGAAUACCUAUUAUCUUUUAUUAAUAAUAGAUAGAGUAACUAUGAUCGUGUUCUAGCCCUACUUAAGGGAAGGUUUCUAUUUAAGUUAGAAUAACUCAGUUGAGCUGGUACCGGUAAUUUGCAAGUUCAUGAAUCAACCCAUCUCUGCUCAACAUGUUCCUUCCUUUUGAGAGAGGCAAGGAUGCAGCAUGGAGCAUUACUUAAAAUGCUUUGCAUGUGCAUUGUGAUUGGUCGUGUAAAACUAUUUGCUGUCAUUCAUAUAUGAUUAUAUUCAUUGAAAAACAUUCUUGUGAUCCUGACCAUGUGACUACUCUUAUUACUAUUUUUCAUACUGAAAUUGCAUAUUUCACUGCAUUCUACUUUGGCUUUCAACCUGA